ACUCCCCGCCCCGCUCGCCCCAUGUGCAGAAAUAGCCCCGCCGCGGCCGGUCAGCGGUUUUCCGCGGGGAGCGGGGCGAGCGGGCGGGCGGGCGGCGGAGCAUCCCCGGGCGGAGCGGGGCCCGUCCCGUCCCGUCCCGUCCCGGCGCGCCCCGAGGUGCCGGCGGAUGGCCCCGCGGCGGGAGCAGCGGCCGGGCCCCGCGGCGGGCGGGCGGUGAUCGGUGCCCCGCGGGAGCGCGGCCGCGGAUGCCCCCCCGGGGGCCGGGCGGAGCGGGCAGCGGGGGGCCGCGGUCCGGGGCUCGCCGCGCCCCUCCGGCCCCCCACGCCCCGGCGGCCGGGCGGGAGGCGGCGGUGCGCCCGGACAUGGGUGUUUCUCUCCGGGAAGCGCUGCCCCGUGGCCUGUUGGUACCUGCGGACGGGCGCCCGCUGGAAAGCACCUUUUUCUCAUGAACGGUUCUAGCUCCUCGCCCUGGGCUCUCGCCAUGGACACUAUGAAAACCACCUAUAUCGUGCUGGAACUGAUCAUCGCCGUGCUGUCUAUCGCUGGCAACGUCCUGGUCUGCUGGGCCGUGGCCAUCAACAGUACCUUGAAGAACGCAACCAACUAUUUCCUGGUGUCCCUGGCAGUGGCUGAUAUUGCCGUGGGUUUGUUAGCCAUCCCUUUCGCCAUCACCAUCAGCAUCGGAUUCCAGGUGGAUUUUCACAGCUGCCUCUUCUUCGCCUGCUUCGUGCUGGUGCUGACCCAAAGCUCCAUUUUCAGCUUGCUGGCGGUGGCCAUUGACAGGUACCUGGCUAUUAAGAUCCCACUGAGGUAUAACAGUCUGGUGACUGGCAAGCGGGCAAGAGGACUCAUCGCUGUGCUGUGGCUCCUGUCCUUUGGAAUUGGACUAACUCCGCUUAUGGGCUGGAAUAAAGCCAUGAGCGGUUGUCCCAAUGCCACCAACGAGACCGGGGCUGACACCGGGACAGAGCACCAUGGCUGCUUCAUCUCAUGCCUCUUUGAAAAUGUGGUAACGAUGAGCUACAUGGUGUACUUCAACUUCUUCGGCUGUGUGCUGCUUCCACUCGUUAUCAUGCUGGGAAUCUACAUUAAGAUAUUCAUGGUCGCCUGCAAACAGUUGCAUCAGAUCGAACUGAUGGGCAACUCCAGGACCACACUGCAGAAGGAGGUCCACGCAGCCAAGUCUCUGGCCAUCAUUGUAGGACUUUUUGCCUUCUGUUGGCUGCCCCUGCAUAUCUUGAACUGCAUUACUCUCUUCCAUGAGGAUUUCUCCAAAUCCAAGCCUGAGUGGGUGAUGUAUAUGGCCAUCAUCCUCUCCCAUGCCAACUCUGUCAUCAAUCCCAUCAUCUAUGCCUACAGGAUCAGGGACUUCCGCUACACCUUCCGCAAGAUCAUUUCCAAGAUCCUCUGUAAGACAGAUGACUUCCCCAAGUGCACCACUGACAACAACCAGCACCUGACUGUCACCAACAUUCACACUCCAGUAGCCUCUGUGACCAUAUGACCAUGCACGUCCUGCUCCUGGGAUUUUGCAGUCCCUCCCUGACACUACCCUUCCCUGUGCCUAUGUGAACAGUUACAGCUAACUCCUAGAGGAGUGCUCGGAGAUGACCACUAUGCAGUUAUGCAGCUGUGUUUUAUUUUUUAUUGGUUUUUUGGUAAUUAACAUAGUGCCUCCUAGAGGAAUGACCUGACCAGGGAGAUUGAGUGCAGCUCACCCUCGACUGUAAACCCAGGUUGUGUGAGUGCUGGUGAUCGUAUUGUAUUUCCUUUCCAGGUCAGACACUGACUGUGGAAGACCCACCUGCUGGGGGUGUUUCCCCAAUUGUGCUGCUCAUGUCAAUUAUUUUAAUUAUUAUUAUUAUUUUUUAAUCUUUUGAUUCAUUUAGGAGUAAUAAUUUUGUGUCUGUUUUUGGGUUCUUUAAGUCCAUACUUGACAGCACUUUGGUAAUACCCUAAUUAUUCCAUCAAUUGUUUGAUGCAGCUAGUAUUCUCCGAUGGGAAAAAGUCUUACUUAGCCCAGUUGCUGGUGUGAAACUGAAUCUGCGUUCCAGGCUCCGAGGGAUGUGACCAUGUUGAUGGGAAAACAAGAGCAGAACUGGCCAGCUAUCUUUGGCCCCGGUAUGGAAGCCCUACUUACUGAACGAGAAAAAUUUUAGAAAAGACUUGACUGAAGUUUUAGAACAGCAGUGUUAUUGCCUUUCAGUCACUGUGGUCCACGGGAUUGUGCAGACCAGUGCUUCAGGUUUGAUUUCAAAUCUGUUCCCAGCUAUCAAAAUGCAAAAGGCAGACGUGCCCUAAUGCUCUCAGCUAGUCUGAUCCAGAGCCGCUGAGGUGUGUGCAAACGCUCCCUUGGUGACAUGAUCGCUACAUUUAGAUUUUUUGCUCCCAAGUCAAAACUUGACAGCCUUGCAGUGCUUCCACAAGUGCAGGUUUUGGAUGCUGCAGCUCACCUCAUUCCUAAAACUUGGUCUCGCUGGGGUUCCUCAUAGCCCAGUAACCCCCAGAAGCUGUGAGUGCUUUUUUUUUUUCUAAUAAUGAUUUUUACUUUUUUUAUAUUAUUUAAUCCUGACCUGCAUCAGUAGCAAAAGAGACUGGAAGGGAGCUAAUUUGCUUGGGAAACUAGAAUGCCUUGACUUGCGACCUGAUUUUGGCCAAGCUCUUUGGGGAAGCAGCUCACCCUGCAGAUUGCCCAGCCUGGCCUCUGCAGUUAGCCACGGAGUCCUGGCCCUUUGCAAGGACAAAGCCCACUGAACAGCGGAGCAGUCGCCAUUUGUACUGCAAGGUAAUGACUCUCUGCAACCACAGCUCUGUAAUUACUGCACCUGAUUUAAUACGUAACUGUGAUAUGCAAAACUAGACAAAGGUAGAAAGAACAGUGCAUUAAUUUCUGAAGCACGAGCGCCACUUCUCCAGACCGCGUGAGGGCAUGUGCGCUGCUGUAAAUGAACUGGUGUUUUAUUUUGCAGGGCAGUUUCAUUCCACGGCUGAGAGGAACAGGGAGGAGAGUCAGAAGAACACCAAAGAGCUUCCCUCUGGGCCCAAAAGCUGAUUGUGGUACAAGGACACGGCUGUUCUUGACUAGCUCAGACUUCUUACAAAUGGGAGACUUGCCUGAAGGGCCCUACGUGGUUAAGUGGUACCAUCGUUCUCUGAAGCACUCGGUGCCAGCAGCAGUGUCAUGCAGUCGUCGGUGAGAAGCUGGAGUGCAAGGAUGUGUAUUAAAUACGGUUUUCAGUGGUAACCCACGCAGGGAGGCAGAGAUAGGGAGCAGGCCUUUGAGAGCCAGGUGGCAGGGAAGGAAGUUUAAACACAGCCAGUUCCUGAAGAACAGGUCCAGCGGACGGACUGUGAUGCCUGGAGCAGUUUGUCUCUGAUAAAUUGUACUUGAAUCAUAUAGAAAUCAGCUUUCUAUUUUUUUUAACUGCAUUGCACUAAAAGGGGUGUAAUAUGAGACCCCAAGAGUUUCAUUUCUCUGGCAUACAUAAAGACAAAUACGGUGUAAAAUCAGCUGAAACGCUGAUCUGAAGAAAUCCCGUUCCUGCAGCAUCUGCCGUGCCAGCCGGCGUGUCCUGCAGGCAGCACCUGCGGGUGUGACUUUGGGCCCACCAUGCAGACAGAGGAUGGUUCACAGGAGUGAUGGAUUUCGCUACCAUGUGUGUAGCAGCUCAGCCCUAAGAUCCGGCCCCAAACCUUGGUGAAUGACCAGUGAGCUCUGAAUGGGUUUGUACAUGUUUAUGCAAUGUCCAAAUUUAGUCACAGCUCGGUAUCUCAGAUACUGCCAUUUCCAAGAAAAAAAAUCUGAAUAGUUAAAGUUACUGUCCCACGUGUUUCUCCUUUAACAGCCCCAUUCAGCUUUGCUGCAUCUGCCUUGGUCAUAGUCCAGCUAACACACGUAGCCACCUUCUGCCAUUUGGGCAGGGUUUGACUCUCUCCUCCUUUCAUUCCUUCCCUUCUGUAUUAUCUUUGGCUGUGUUCCUUCUGUUAAUCGUGGCUGGAAACAAGCAGGGUUUCACCUGCAGGUCUGGCAGUGUUGCAAAGUGGUUGCAAGCCACAUUUAUCCUUACAACAAAGAAUGGAAUCUCUCCCCUCCCGCUGGCUGAAAAAUGAACCAAACUCUGGACAGCACGAACAGACUGAAACACGCAGCGCUGUAAAAGAGCGAGCCGGUUCCAGAACACUUGCUCAGAUGUGACAGCUUGCACUGCAGCUCAGCAUCCUCUCCUGCUACCUUUCCUAUGCCUCUUACAAGCCAGAAUUCCUGUAGACAGAUGUGGCGUUCCCUUAGUAUGACUGUGCCAUCGGGUUGUUAGCCAUUAUUAAUGACAGCCUGGGUCACCGUGGUCUUUAGGCACUUUAAGUGCCUUUGUGGAUCUGAGCCAAAGUCAUUUCAAGGCAAAAUAAAAAAUAGGACACCUCCCUUGCCCCCCUCAAAAAAAAAGCUCUGAAGGUUUCUGUAAAAAUGUGAAGUGAAAAUGGCAGAGGAACUUUCUGUAGCGAGUGCAGCUGUUGCUAUUCAGCUAUCACUCAUUACUGCUCUGAUGUACAUAGGAUGGAUGUGUUUUCCUCAUGUUGUUCAGAUUCUGUAUUUGCAGUAACUGUUAUUUACAUACAAAAUGCUUAAUUUACCACCUACACAA